AUGGUAUCAUGGUCGGUUCUUGCAAUGGUUUGGCUUAUUUUAGGAAAUAUAAAAAAAGGUCCCUUUCUAAUCUGCAACCCGUUAACAGGAGAAUCUAUUUUAAUUCCGUACUUUAAUUACUCUGGAUUGGAUCGGAAAGUGUCAAGCAUAGGGCGUUUCAGUAGUUUAGCAAGUGGGUUUGGCUAUUGUCCUUCAACUAAAAAGUACAAGGUUAUUAUGAUACAUUAUUCUGAUCAAAUGGUGGCACAUAAGGGGCGUGUUCAAGUAUAUACUGUUGGCGGUGAGUGGAGACACAUUGGAUUUAUUGACCGUUACGAAUUUAAAUCAUCAGGUAUCCAUGUAAAUGGAGCACUGUACUGGUUGCACAAAAAUGAUUAUAAAUUACAAGAAUGUGAGAUUGUGGCCUUUGAUUUGGAAGCUGGGAAGUUCCAUUCAAUCCCUGUGCCACCUUACGAACAUUUUGAGGACUACGAAAGGAGCCGUUUCUGUCCAAUUAAGUUACUUGGUGGGACUAAUAAUUAUUACUUUGCAUAUACUUCUACAAAUUCUCGCACAGACAUAUGGGUAUACAAGAGAAACAAUAUUAACAGUGGCGGUAGUAGUUACACCACAAAAGAGCAGUGUAAGCUGAAACCAAGCGACCACAAAGAAAGUUCAUCAUGUUGGAUUAAGGAGUUUAGUAUAGAGCACAAGGCAGAUAAUUUAUAUUAUGAAUUUGAGCCGUUCGCAGUCACAAGGAACAAUGAAGUGCUAAUGUGGUACAACCGUCACAUACCUUUUCGCACAAGAUUAUGUUGUUAUGACCCUAAAACUUUAACCCUAAACAAACUUUGGGAUGACAAUGCUAAGGGUAUGGUAUACGUUGAGGCAAUUCCUCACACGCAUAGCCUUGUUUCAUUGAAAGAAUUGGGAGAGACUGGUGUUAGUUACUUGAAAGAUUUAGAGAAACAUGUGUUAAUAGAUUUGGUAGAUGUGGAUCUAAUGUUACAAGGAGAUACACAAAUACCUACAGCCGAAGACUGA